AAUCAAAUCUGAAAAUGAUUUUAUUGAUAAAGCUACACGAGUCUAGCAGCAGCCAUCUCAGUCUCCUCAAUAAAUACACUUUAGGCCACUACUAAAAGAAACGGCAGGGUUUCUCAGUGAUACUGGGGCAAAGCGACUCAUUAAAAUAUUUUAAUAAAAGGGGGGCUGUGCCUUUAAGAAGUCAUAAACAAUAAACGAACACCAAUGAAAAGUGCGCAUACAAGAAGAGACCGGGCAGAUUCGUCCAGUGAGAUUCGCGUUUAUUCAGAAGUGGUUGUCCGCGCAGUUCUUUAAUUCUUGUAACAGCACAAUAUUGACGAGACUGAAAGACUGAGAUGGAUCAGCUUGUCUCUGUCAAAGUCGGGGGGACGGACAGGAGGGCGAGAAUCCCAGAGAGGCUACAGAAGCGGGACCAGGAGAGGCAGGAGGAGCUGGAGAGGCGCAAAGAGGCAAAGCAGAGCAAGGAGGUGACGGAGGAAAAGAGCGACUUCUUCACCAGCACUUUCUCCAAGGAGAAGGCGGAUAUCGAGGAGCUGCUGGUGGGCGGCGGUGAGGCGGAACCAGGGUCGCUGGCAGGCCGGUUGGAGGAUAUCUCGGCUCGGAUCCUGCAGCUGCAGAAGUUUCUCAACGACAGCAUGGUGUUCCUGCCCCAGUACGAGCUGCGGCAGGCCCAGGCCGCCUUGCAGAAGCUCCACAGUGACCUGGCGGAGAAGAGAGGCGAGCUGCUGCCGAAGAAGAAGUUUGCCUUCCGAUCGCGCAAUGUCGGGGCUAAUAAUACAAACAAAGAGACCCCCGAACCUAGGAAGGGGGGCGAGCAAGCAAGCAGACCCAUUGAUUUGACAGCUGCCUCUGUGACGGCGUCCCCAGGUAACAGCGAUGAUGUCAGCGCGCUGUGCGGCUUUUCCAAUGUGGUCUCGCAGGUUCUGAUCAAGAGGGCGGAUGAGAUUAAUCAGAGGGACGUGUUGCUCACACACCUGUCCAGCUGCACGGUGAAGCUGUUCGGAGCCCCGAGCACCCUCCACAUCAAACACGUCAGGGACUCCACCAUACUGUGCGGGCCCGUGUCCAGCUCCGUCUUUAUCGACCACUGCUCGGGCUGCACCUUCGCGUUCCCGUGCCAGCAACUGCGUACCCACAACACGACCGACAGCCGGGCGUACCUGCACGUCACCAGCCGGGCCAUUGUAGAGGACUGCAGCGGGGUGCGGUUUGCGCCCUUUACCUGGAGCUACCCGGGCCUGGAGGAAGACUUCCAGGUGUCGGGGUUAGACAGGGAGAGAAACAACUGGACCCAGGUGGACGAUUUCAACUGGCUGUCGAGUGACGCCCCUUCUCCCAACUGGAGUGUUAUUCCCGAGGAGGAGAGGAAAACUAUCUGGGUUUAAAGCCAUGCAAAGGGGUUGCACUAAAACCCAAACGAAUGGCUACACUACCUGGUUUCAAUACCAGGGGCCCUACACCUGACAACAUGUAUGCACUUCAGGAUGCCACAGAGUAACACGAACCUGUUCAGGUAAUGGACCAGACAGCGCAAGCGCUUUGGAGUUGCUGUGUUGUGCUGUCACUGAAGCGGCAGGCAGACCCACCUGCUGACUGCUGAGCACCACACACACACACACACCUGUGAACUAGAAUGAAUGCAAACCCUGAUUGUUUGUUUCUACUUGAGUUUGUAUGAAAGCGUUAUUUAUUAGUGUAUGAUGUAGCUAUUCAUUUGUUUCAGUCCUUCAUAUUUAAAAAAUAAUGUGCAAACCCACUUUUGUUUUAUUCAUAUUAUUUUGAUAAUGAAAACCCUGUAUAACCUACGCCUUGCAUAUUCAAGCAAAUGAUACAAAUGUAUCUAUUUGGUAAAAUAUGAAUCUUCCAGAAGUACUCAGUACUAUGUGUUUUUCCUUGACUCUAAAUCACCAUCUCAGUAUAAUGUGAUGACAUUCUCAAGGAUAUCAUUCUAGAACUCUGUGCGCUUUCAUGGGUUAAUGAUCACUCUUCAUGCUUGUGUGUCACUAAGAUAGGAAAGUGCAAUUCUGAGCAUACAGUAUGACAGAUUGACAAGCUCUGAUCAUGUUGUCACACUAGAUUGAUUCAAUGUCUCUCGACUGGCUGAUUUGGCAUGUAGUGAUCUAUACAGUUUAUGUGAUGUAAAUGCAGAGGACUGAAAAAUAAUAUGGAUUUAAUAAUAUGCAGCAGUUCUGUAUAGAAUAUUCUCAAAUAAUAUGUUUGUGGAACACCUUGAACUCAUGUAGGAUUGUGACUUGUGGCCAAUGGUAGUUACUUGCUUUGAAGCAGCUUGGAGUGUGUAUUCAUGUCUCAGCUUAACCCUAAACUCCCUGGCUGUUCAGUGUUAAACUAGAAGCAAAUUAUUCCAGUGAUGAUUCAACACACGAUAUAUACCGACUGUUUUAGAAAUCCAUUAAAAAAAUGUCUGCUUGCUUGCGCUAUGUAGUUAUUGAUGAUGUCACUUGUUAACUCAUUGACUGUGUCCUUCCUAGAGACUAAAUUAAAAAUGAGACGGAUGUCUGUUCCACUGA